CGCAACCAACUGUCAUCAAGGUUAAGGUCCGUAGACCUCGUAAAUUCAGGAGAUAAAUGCUUUACCACUGAGCCAUUGAGGUGCGAGUAAUGUGGAAAGCAGAAGUUGCUGGGGGAUCCUGCUAGCUGCGGGCGUCCGAUUGUUUUGAGGCGAGUUGCUCUGUAAGUACAAUGACGUCUGUGGAGGCGGAAAGAGAAAAGGUUGUCGCAAGCAUUGCGGCUCUUUCGGAUGAAAUUAAAGAAGCGAAGGGACAACUGAAGGAUGCGCAGAAAGCUGGCGAUGGGGAGGCUGUGCGCCUGUGGUUGCAGCAAUUGACUGCUCUGCAGCAGGAGAAAAACUUGCUGCUCGAGAAGGAGGCUCGCUUACAGACUGCUGCGGCUGCUAGUCCGAGCACCACAGGAACUGAUGCACCUCAGCCUGCACCGCAACUGCAGCUUCCAGAAGAACUUCUAGCAUUUCUACGACGCGCCAUACAGAAGGAGACGUCUCUGGCUUUUGCGGACGAGAUAUCGGUUGGCGGCUCCAAGAUGGACUUAUCGGAUGCAAGAGAGGCCCUCGUCCGGAUGGGGUUUGAGAAAUUGGAGACGAUCAUCGGUGUAGCAGACGACACAGGCAUUGCAGAUGCAGACAGCGGCGCAAGGUUUGAGCGGAAAGACGCUCGAGAGGACGACACCUCAAACAUGAUCAGAGCGGAGGAGUAUGUGCGGGCUGCCCUCGCUGCUCACAUGGGAGGCUUCACCGUCGUGGACAUAGGCCAGAGGCAAAUCUUCAGCCGAUCAGAUGCCACCCCCACAAAGAGGAUGAAGCUGAGGGAUACUAAAACCGAUCUUGCGGUGGUCAUGACCGAGUUUGCUGAGCUGGCAAAGCUGCAUCCACGGAAUUACCUUGCACAGAUCGCUGGGAUUGUGGACACCAAGACCGAGAGAGCCUGGAGGGAAUUCCAUGAUGCGUUCCGUGGCCAAGCGCUUGGGCAAUUUGUGGGAUGUACGCUGCUUUCAGGCCGCAGUGGGGUCGGGUUUCCGGUCCUGUUGACCAACCUGGUGGGGGACUCGCAUGUCUUCCACGGCGUCCAGGAAGAGGGGGGGGGUUUCGUGCAGGAAGUCGUAUUCAGCAACCAGGCCGCGGCGUUCCAGUAUUUCGGGAAGGUGUGCAGCCAGGCAGAGGUUGUUCGAAGAAAGAAAGUGACAGAACUCCUCGCGGCGCUCGACAACCGCCCUCCAAGAUUCCCUGCCCCCCAACCAUCAUCCCCCUCCCGGAACCCGCUCGAUUCCCCUCAGAGCCACGGUCCUGUAGUCAGCGAUCUUCGAGAAUGCACAUACAGAGAGGUACGCCGGGAGCAGCCCCUGUUCAACCUGCCACCUUUUGAAGUAAUGAUGGAGUACUUGUCUAACCUCGAGCAGGGUGUGGCGAGGGCAGCAGAAGUCCGCUCGCGUCCGAGCUACAUCAUCUAGGGGGCCUUCUCUUUGCUUCUGGUCGCAGCGACUUGAGUUUCGAGUCAAGUAUGACUCGAACCAAUACUCAGAGCAAUAACGGGGUGCACCUGGGCCCAUGCCAAACACUUUCUUGAGUAUUGUUGUAAGAGAUGGGACGAAGGUGGAGAUGUGCACUGGUUUGAACGCUGUUUUGUGUAGCACGGUGGUGCAAAUCGAGGUGGUGCCUCGUGCUGGACACUUAUUUGCGCAAGAUGGACAAAAGCGUUCAAUCUGCAUUGGCUCUGAAGCUCUUAGUGAAGCUUGAGUGCAAAAUUGACGGCCGGCUAUGCCGCCGCUUUUCCGAGCAAUGCUGCAGUCCAUGUUGCGGAGCCGUCAAUCUGCACCGUCGAGCGAUACAAGGAAGCUUUUAAGGUAGUGCAGAUUGACGGGCCAAUGCUGAAUACUUUUCCGAGCGACACUGUAACAAAGUUCAAACCGCAUCAUAUUGGAGGCUUUUUGUAGAGCAAGGUGUUGCAAACCAUCAACCCUCAUGCCAAACACUUUCUCAAGCAAGGUUGUUUGAGAUGGACCAACGACGUCGCUCUGCACCUUUGUAAAAGCUUCACCGCAUAGUGCAGAGAUGCAAUUUGUCAGCUCCCAU